CUCCCGUCUAGGAAGGAGAUUUGUCUAGGAAGGUUGAAAGGUUGCCUUUUUUGUUCAUUGUUGUAAUAGGAGGAGAUUUGUCUAGGAAGAAGACGAAAAUGGGGAAGCAGCCGGUGAAAUUGAAGGCGGUAGUUUACGCGUUAUCGCCGUUUCAGCAGAAGAUCAUGACUGGCCUCUGGAAGGAUCUGCCGGAGAAGAUCCACCACAAGGUCUCUGAGAAUUGGAUCAGCACUAUUCUCCUCCUCGCUCCCGUCGUCGGAACCUAUUCGUAUGCUCAAUACUACCAAGAACAAGAGAAGCUGGAGCACAGGUUUUGAGCAUGGACAUUUUCUGAUUAUAAAACAUCCCAAUUCUUUCCUCAUCUUUCAUUCACCAAAAUGUGGUCAAGAGGACUGUUUGUUCUUAAAACACUCUGAAAUAGAAGCGGAAAAGUUGCUUCCUUUGCAGUUUUGUUGAAUAACCUUUUUAUAUUUCAUGAAUAACAACACCGUGAAUAUUUGAAUAUCUAUGCAGUAUUGACUAUUU